AGAAAUAACUGUCACUCUCUGAGGGUGGAAGCUGCCAUGAUUUACAAAGACAAGAAGUAAUUUUCAUGUAAUCACAAGAUGACUCAGGAUGGAUCCUGAAGCUGCUAGGCUGGAGAAGCAGCAUGUACAUGAUGUAUAUGAGAGCACAGCCCCGUAUUUUAGUGAUCUGCAGAGCAAAGCCUGGCCACGAGUCCGCCAGUUUCUCCAAGACCAGAAGCCAGGCAGCCUCGUCGCUGACAUUGGCUGUGGAACUGGAAAAUAUCUUAAAGUAAACAGCCAGGUACAUAUCCUGGGCUGUGACUACUGUAAGCCCUUGGUAGAGAUUGCCCGGAAUGGAGGAAGUGAAGUCAUGGUAUGUGACAACCUUAAUCUCCCCUUUAGGGACCAGGGCUUCGAUGCUGUCAUCUCCAUAGGAGUCAUACAUCAUUUUUCCACAAAACAAAGAAGAAUCAGAGCAAUCAAAGAAAUGGCCAGGGUCUUAGUCCCAGGAGGUCAGCUGAUGAUUUAUGUCUGGGCAAUGGAACAAAAGAAUCGCCACUUUGAAAAGCAAGACGUGCUUGUUCCAUGGAAUAGGGCCUUCUGUUCCCGGCUCUUCUCAGAAUCCAGACCGUCUGGGAAAAAUCAGCAGUGUGGACAUCCAGAAAGCAGCCAGGCCUGCCAUCCUGAGGGUACAUGUUCUGUUUGUUUCAAGGAGCGCUGUGACUCCAAACGAUCCCACAGCAUGGACUAUGGGUCUGUCAUCUCCAGAGCCUGCUGUGGAAAUACAUCAAAGGAAGGGGAGCAGGAAAAUGGCUUCUAUAACACAUUAGGAAAGUCUUUCCGUUCCUGGUUUUUCUCCAGGUCUUUGGAUGAAUCGACUCUGAGGAAGCAGGUUGAAAGAGGGAGACCAUUGAGAACAGCAGAUGGCUGGACCAGGAAUACUAUAUCUAUCCAGCCUUCUAGGCACUCAAGUUUAGAUUUGGAUCCCCGAGAGCCAUUUCCAGCCAAAGGGCCAAACUUGGAUGAGGAAGUGUUUGUGGAGAAUUCUUCUCAAAAACUGGUGGCGUGGCCGAGAGCACCAAGCACUCCGAUGCACUUCCAGGGAGACCAUGGAGGAGAAAGUAAGCGAAAUGGAGGGGGAGAUUUUCUAACCAACACUUACAGUGAGAAUUGUAUGGAUGCAGGGAACUUAGAAGGAAGUGUCCCUUCUGCCAGUCAAAUAUUGAAAAGGAUUUCUGCAGUCAGCUCCACAGAUUCCAACCCAGAUGGCCCAGUACCCAUUGAUGAACAGCCUGACCUGUUGGAUUCCAAGGCCUUUAUGCGCUACUACCAUGUGUUUCGAGAGGGUGAGCUUUCUGACCUGCUGCUGGAGAACGCAAGGGAGCUCAGUAUUCUGAGCUCUGGGAAUGAUCAUGGCAACUGGUGUAUCAUCGCAGAGAAAAAGGAAAGUUGUGAUUAAAUGGACCAUUUCGGGCAACUUUUUCAAAAGAUCAAGCAUGAUCUUCCCUGUAGCGUUGGUAUGGUUACCUGAAUUUUAUAAUAUUUAAAUCCCUGUAUAGCACAUAAAGCAUUUAGUGCAAGAUAUUGUCAAUACAAAGAUCUGAAAAGGCAAUAGAAAAUACCCUUCAGUA